AUGCUUCGUUCUCUCGGUUUGCAAUUGCAAGCUUUCGAUUACGCAACUCAUACCGACGACGUUGGUAUCGAGUGGCGUAAAUGGCUGAUGUCGUUUGAAACGAUGGCACGAGCAAGCCGAAUCAGCGACGACGAGUGGAAAAAGGAUUUGUUGCUGCAUUACGCCGGUCCUACCGUACAGCAGCUGUUCGAUACGUUGCCAGAUUUGCCGGGCGAUGACAUGCGUGGCCCAUUGAUAAAUGUAAACAAUUAUACGCCGAACAUGACAUGCUACGAGGAGGCUGUUGCAAAGCUGAAUGCAUUUUUCCUUCCAAAAGAAAACUCAACAUACGAACGACACUUACUACGGCAAAUGUCACAGAAAGCUGGCGAAAGUAUUGAUGCAUUUACAAUUCGAUUGCGUGUUCAAGCUGAGCGAUGUGGCUUCGGCGAUAAAGUUGAGGAAAACAUAAAGGAUCAAAUUAUCGAGAAAUGUGAGUCAACCGUUCUACGUAGAGAUCUACUCAAACUGGGUGAUGCUGACCUGCAACAAGUUUUGGGAACAUCGAAGAUUUUCGAAACAGUUGCCGUUCAAGAAAAAUCUUUCACCAGAGAACCUUCGAAGCCUGAAGCUAAUGAAGUGAGCAGAAUUGAAGUAAAAUCAUCCUAUGGUAACAAAAAUCGCUCUACGGAAUCAGUGCGAGUGGAAUGUCAUCGAUGUGGUUAUUUUGGACACAUGGCACGGGAUGAAAAGUGCCCGGCGAAGGGAAAAUCAUGCAAUAAGUGUAAGGGACGUGAUCACUUCGCGAAAAAGUGCCGCAAACGGAAGCAACCGAUGCCACCCGGUGCCAACGGUGAAGUUACCCCGAAGGCGGUUAACAGGGCAAGUGAUAAGGCCAGACAUCAAGGUUCCAGUAUAAUCAACCAAAUUGUUGAUACCGAGACGGAAUAUAUAUUCAACGUCACGACCACCGACAACGAUGGCGAAAUACAAUGUGAAAUAGGAGAUGUCGUUGUUUCGGCGGUAAUCGAUUCAGGGUCGAAGUAUAAUCUGUUGAGCGAAUCCAUUUGGGAGCAGAUGAAAUCUAAAAAGGUAGUUGUUAGUAAUCAAACGCUGAAGGUGUCCAAGAUCUUUAAAGCUUAUGGCGGACAGGAAUUAUUAGUCCUCGGCGCAUUUACUGCAACCAUCAAAGUGGGCGAACAAAUCACAUCGGCCGAAUUUUAUGUUGUAAGAGGAGGUGGGAAAAUCUUGAUAGGUCGCGAUACAGCAACGGUUAUGGGAAUCUUGAAAAUAGACACUGCGGUCAAUGAAAUUGACGCGAAAGACAAAGCUGGCCCUUUGGGAACCAUUAAGGACGUAGUCAUUGAUAUCCCCGUCAAGGCAGAUAUUGUACCAGUCAUUCAGCCGUAUCGACGCAUUCCUGUGGCAUUAGAAAAGCUGGUAGAUAAAAAGCUUGAUGAAUUAUUGAACCAAGGAGUUAUCGAAAAGGUGAACGAACCUUCCAAAUGGGUGUCUCCGGUUGUCGUCGUGCCCAAAGGAGACGACGUUCGCAUAUGCGUAGACAUGCGGCGGGCUAAUGAAGCGGUGGAAAGGGAGAAUCAUCCAUUGCCGACGAUUGAGGAUUUUCUUCCGGACCUCGCGAAGGCAAAAGUCUUCUCAAGACUGGACGUAGAAAAUGCUUUUCAUCAGGUGGGCUAA